AUGAAGGCUUCGGUUGAAGUUGAACAAGAAGGGGUUUUGGGUAUUCCAGCACAAGAAAACAACAACAACAGCAAGAAGAAGAGCAGCAUAGUGAAGCAGGACAGAUUAAGCAACUUGCCAGAUGAAGUGAUCCAUCGCAUACUUUCCUCUCUGGACGCAAAAACAGCAGUUCAAACAAGUGUUCUAAGCAAGCGAUGGAGGUACCUUUGGACUUCCCUCCAAGUCCUCAAUUUCCACGACAUGUCCUUCAAUGAUCCUGUCCUUUUCCAGUUGGUAUCAGAGCCAAAGGUUUGGCUGGGCCGGGUAUUUAGAGAUGGUGAUGUUUCAAGGCCUCCGCAGAAGGUUCUGAGCAUCCUUGCUGAAUGUGUUGUGGGGAAGUUACCUCAACUCUAUGCUUGUCACUCCCUCACCACCCUCAAGCUGGCAGACAUAGCAACUGAGACCACAACGUUUGAUUUUGUUUCUUUGAAACAUUUGUAUCUUUCUGAUUGCCGGUUCGAGUGCGGGGUUGAAGAGCUUCUUGAUCCUUUCGGUGGUUGUACCAAUUUGAGAUGCCUGUUUCUACAUGGUUGUCAAUACUAUGGCAAAAUUGAGAGUUUUAAAAUCUAUGCUCCUCAACUCACUGACUUGAGCAUAUCGCGUAUGAGAGUGGAUCAAGUGUUUGAUUCAGACUGUGUGAUUGAGCUUUUUACGCCAAGGCUCCAAUCUUUUAGCUAUCGUGACUUUAGGUAUCUUUAUGAUUUUUCCAUUAAGGUGAACCUUCCCUUUGUGGAGAAAGUGGAUAUUGAUCUAGGCAGUUUUGAUCUCUCUGAUGAAUUGAACGAGGCCACUAAUUUGUCUCUUCAGCUAAUUGAAUUGUUUGAAGUGAUGGGGAGUGUAAAGUUUGUAUCCUUAUCAAGAGGUAUCAUUCAAGUUCUGUCUAUGUUUCCUUCUUUAUUGGAUGGUUUGUCUUCUCCUUUCACAAGAGUGCGGACUUUUGAGUUAAAAAUGGAUAGACCUUCCCCUGUUUCCAUAGCUACCAAUGUCAUGGCCUACUUAUUUGGUGGAUCUCCCGGAUUUCAUUGCUAUUGA